CAAUUCCCCCCCGACUCAGUCACACGGCUGCUAUGAUCGUGUUGAGGUGUACCGCGCUUCUGUAUCUCAGAGUCAUCCCGCGAUAUACUCGCAAGAAGCAAAUAUCACCCUUACUGAACGAACACUUAAGACGGAUUAUUGCGCUCGACCCGUGACAUGAGUGCUGAGGUUAUUCUUCCCUCACCCAAAGUGAGCCUACUGGAUUCUGGCACCCUGGGCACCAUGGACCCGAUGGCUCUGCCUGCGGUGUGCGGCCCCCACCGGGGCACUCGCCGUCCCUCGGGGGGGACGGCAGAGAGCGAGAGCGACUCACCGCCUCCCAGCAAGAAGAGCAAGAAGUCCCGCCGCCGUAGAAAGCGACCACGAAAGCGCUGCGACAGGAGCGGUCUGCGGACCAAACCCGUGGCGCCCUUCAACACUACCCAGUUCCUGAUGGAGGAGCACGACUUGCUGCAGGACACGGAUAUUGUGGCACGUCCUCGCCGCCACCGGGACUCCUCCUUCAGCAUGGAUUCAGACGACCAGUCCAACCAGUUCUACUCGUCGCCUGAAGACGAGGAGGAGUUCCUGACGAAGGAGUUUUGGACGGCGUAUGAGGACGUUCACGCCGAGCGGCUGGACACCAUGACGAAAGCUCAGCUGGUGCAAGAGUAUUUGGCGCUGGAAGAGAAGGUGGACCUGCUGGAGCGUCAGUUGCGUGCAGUGCGAGCUCGCCACCGUCAGCGCUUCCAGCAGCAGGAGGACGAGGAGGAAGACGAUGCUGUCGGGCCCGGAGAAGUUCGUGUGGAUUCAGAAACUGCACAGAAGAUUACGAUUUUCCGGUCCGAAAUCAACAACCUGGAAGUGGAGAACAAGCGGCUACGGGAAGAAAACUUCGUUCUGCGACGCUUCUCUGAGAGCAGGUCCUUGUCUUCGUCCUCAUCUUCUUCAUCUUCGUCUUCCAGCAGCGACAGCAGCAGUAGUAGCAGCAGCAGCGAUUCUUCAAGUGACAGUGAGCAGGAAGAAGAGGGCCAGCAGGAGGGGACAGUCCUACAAGACAGUGUCGCUCCUGUCGUAGAGUGCCAACCUGACAGUGGGGUGUCAUGUGACAGUGUCGAACCUGCUGACCCUCCGUCGUCUUCGUCUGCCACUGUGGUGUCGCGCGAGCAGCCGGAAGUAGAGGAAGUGACGGGCAGCAAGUGCGAGGAGGCUGGGGGCGUGGAGGGGGAAGUGUCUAGCACCACCAUGGCGUAGCCCCUCCCACCCCCCCUUCACCCAGUACCGCUCUCACUCACUCAUCUGUGAUCCAGGACUUUACUUAGGUUAAGGUCUACACGAGUGACGCCCACGCCUACGGUGCUCCCUGCCGUCGCCGCCAACAGCCUCGAAGAAGGAAAAGGUUGAUGCGACACCUGUGGAGGUGAAGGAACACCUCCUCAGAUACAACAUUAUCUGCAGGGAUGACUGAGGUUGAUCUCUUGGGCGUUAAUGUUUUUAGUGUUCGAAACAAUAGUUUUCUCUGUUUAUCUUUUUUUUAUCUUUUUUUUUCGGCAAAGGUGGCCGCUAAGCCAUCCUACACUAGUUUCCAGAUACCAGUCCGCCUUCAAAUUAAGCACAAUUUAGUGAUGUGUAAUAACAUGAAGUUGUUGGUGAUUGUCAGUGCUGCUAAAGAUUGCUUGGUGCAUUGGAUCUCGUCAUGGCGGAGUUACCACAUCAAUUGGACAAUAGUGCAAGGCGGCGCUAGGGCGGGAGUGGCGUGCUACCCCCGAGCACAUCUUGAAGCUAGUCAUGGCCUCCCCACCACUCAGUCCAGACUGGAAAAAAAAUAAAUAAAAAAUAUUGAAAAGGAAAGAUUAGCCAAUUCAACAGGAUAUAUCUGUGACAGUAGAGAUUGUGCGUGGCUGGCGAGCACUGGCUCGCUCCUUGGCUGUGACCUACGCUUGGGACCCAUAACCCGGGGUCCCCUUGUUGACGAAGUGCUUCUGUUGAUACUCUAUUAUCAUCGUGGUUCACUUUGAUCCUUCUACCUUGAGUCUAUAAAUGUCUAUUUUUCUUAUCAAUUUGUGUGGAUAUGCAGAUUUAAAGAAUCAUGACAGUAUGGAUCAAAGGUGUUAUGCAUUUUCCUUCUUUUCUACUGUUAAGGUGCGUCGUUCCAAGUAGUGUUGGGUCAGACGCAGAGCUUACAGCCGCACGCACGCGCCUGACUGACCCGAGCUGUGGGCGUGAGGCGCGGGCGUGAUGAGCUAGGCGUCUACUGGACAUAUCCUGUUAUUGGCGGCGGAAUAUUUUCUGCCAGAGUUCUGAAAUUGCUCAACGAAGCUUCGUGAUCUCGUCAUUAUUUUCCUUUUAAUUUUAUUUACCAAGAAAAGGCUUAAUUUUAUUUAUGAAUGUUAAUUUAGGAGCUCUUUCAGAAUGCUGGUUCAAGCGAGUACAAAGUUCCCUGUCUCCUCGUGUUUAUUUUUUUAAGGAAGAGUUUGUUAUAUAUAAAAAGUAAUAUAUGUUAUGAAAUACUACCAAAAAAAUGGUGUAUAUGCAAGAGGCGAGGAGGGCCAGCUGGCGGUACCUGACUUGUGUGAUCAUCUUUCCUUUUCAAAGUGUUCGUGCUUCCGCGCAACGUUAUAAUAUAUAUAUUGUCAAAUCUAAAAGAAUAAAAUGCAUAGAAAUUUAAAGAUA